AUGACAAGAAUUGUUUUUGAAUCAUCAGAAGAUGGAAUAAAUAAAUUACCAGAAAUUAUGGAACGUUUCCAUACAAUCUUACUCAAUUCACAAAACGACUAUGAUGUAAACAUUUCUAUUUCAGUGUCAAAAAUUAAUUCAAAAUAUAAUAAAAAUACAUCAAAUAAUCUUUUAACAUCAUCUUCUGUUACACCACCUACUGACAUAAGAUUACAGAAAAAAAGAGGUGAAAAAUAUAAUGAGACAACUCAGGCAACAGGAACAAGUUCUGUAGUUCAACAAACAUCAGGUGGAUAUGUAGAUUUGGCCAAACUAAGGGCUGGUCAAAGUCAAAAUUUUGAAAAAAUUUCUAAAUCAUUAAUUAGCAAUAGACCUCAUCGUAGAUAA